AUGUCAUCGUAUCAACAAUCUUUCCUCUUAUGUCUUGCGCAAUACAGCGGUGAAUGGGGAGGCGGUAACCACGGCGGAAGCAACACCAACGGCGGCGGCAAUUAUGGCCCAGGAAGCAACCCCAACAGCGACAACUCAGGCCAAUUCGGAAGCAACUUCAGCCCACCCUCCCAAUUCCUCCUCGCCAGCCGCCAAAAAAUCCUCAUUGCUCACGGCGUCCUCGCCUCCCUUGCCUUCGUCCUCCUCUUCCCCACGGGCUCCAUCCUGCUGCGCCUAAGCACCUUCCGCGGCGCCUGGCUCGUCCACGGGCUCUUCCAGCUCUUCGCAUACAUCAUCUACAUCGUUGCCUUUGCCCUCGGGAUCUGGAUGGUCAACAACAUACCCUACAACCUGCUUUCCACCUACCACCCGAUCAUCGGCAUUGUGCUGUUUGUGCUGCUGUUCUUCCAGCCGAUUUUAGGAUAUGUGCAUCAUGUGCAGUAUAAGAAGUAUAGUCGCAGGACGGUGUGGUCGUAUGGGCAUCUAUGGCUUGGGAGAAUUGUGAUCACGCUGGGUAUGGUAAACGGGGGAUUGGGCAUGUUGUUGGCGUCGGAUGCGCCUGCGUUUGUGAACUUCAGGCCUACGAGAGGCCAGAUUGUCGCGUAUGGGGUGGUUGCGGGCAUCAUGUGGCUUUUGUGGCUGGCGGCGGUGGUUGUUGGCGAGAGGAGGAGGGCAAGGGCUCCUGCUGCUGUUGCUGCAAAAGAGGCGGAAGUUAGCGAUGGAUCGCCUCCGCCAUAUCAGACGCACAAGUCACGUUUCGCGUAUGUAUAUGUCGCCCGUAGGAGUAUACUGCUGACAAUGCCCAUAGGUGACGGAGGCUCUGACUUCGCAGAAACCCUGUCUGGUGUGAUGUGUUCGAGGCGGAGAGAUUGA